GUUUAUUCCUCGAAUAGAUUGUUGACUCUUACUUCCUUCUCUUUUCUGUUUCUUCUCUCUCUCUCUUUCUCCUGAUUCGUUCUUCUCAUCUUCCUUUGUUCUAGCAAAGAUCUAGAAAAAACCCUAGAACAGGGAAGCUAACCUAGAUCAAGAGGAAGAUCAAAACAAAGUUAAAAUUGAUGGGGAGAGGGAAGAUUGUGAUCCAGAAGAUUGAUGAUUCGACCAGUAGGCAAGUCACUUUCUCCAAAAGAAGAAAGGGUCUCAUCAAGAAAGCUAAAGAACUUGCUAUUCUCUGUGAUGCUGAGGUCGGUCUCAUCAUUUUCUCCAAUACCGACAAGCUCUAUGACUUUGCCAGCUCCAGUGUAAAAUCUACUAUUGAACGCUUCAAUAAGACCAAGAUGGAGCAGCAACAAGUACUUAACCCUGCAUCAGAAGUUAAGUUUUGGCAAAGAGAGGCUGAAACAUUGAGGAAAGAACUACACUCAUUGCAAGAAAAUCAUAGGCAACUAACGGGAGAGCAACUAAAUGGUUUGGGCAUUAAAGAACUGCACAAUCUAGAGAGCCAGCUUGAAAUGAGUUUACGUGGAAUUCGUAUGAAAAAGGAACAAAUUUUGACCAAUGAAAUCAAAGAACUAACUAGAAAGAGGAAUCUUGUUCAUCAUGAAAACCUCGAAUUGUCGAGAAAAGUACAAAGGAUUCAUCAGGAAAACGUCGAACUAUACAAGAAGGCUUAUGCAACGUCAAACAAAAAUGGAUUGGGAAAUCAUGAGCUAGUAGAUGCAGUUGAUGAUGAAUCCCAUGCAGAGGUUAGGCUGCAGCUAAGCCAGCCUGAGCAGUCCCAUUAAUUAUAAGACUUCAUCAAAGAGCUAAGAUCAUUUAAAGAUAUAAAACCUUGUUCGUUCUUGAUUAUCUCAAAAGCAUUUCAAAUGAACGUACAUAUUAUAAUAUGAAGAGGGACACGUCGUUUAACUAUGCCAAUAUGCUUUCAGGCAGAAGUGAGUGCGAGUGUAAUCAUGUCGGAGAACAAACCGAAGGUUUGAUUUUGUACGAUAUAGUGCAAUCAAUGGGUACAGCUAGCUUCA